AUGGGGCUCGACCCUUGGAUGGUGGCCGGCCCGAGCGCCCCGAUGAUGAAUGGGGCCGCCGCUGCGCCUGGAUUGCCCCUCGGAUCUCCGCCUCCACCUCCACCUCCACCGGUCGCGUGGCUCCCGCCCUCGACGCCGACGCCCGUCGGCGAGGCUGUUGGCCUGAGCCGUGGCCCUCCUGGCUACGCGCCCGUCCCGAUGCGCGCCAUUGUGGAUGAGGAGGCCGCGCUUGGCUUCGUGUCAGCGCCCACCGGCUCCUCCGGCGUCAUCCGCCUCGGAGUCGGGAUGGAAGGUGCCGGCGUCAACUCCCCACCACCAUUGGAGGUUUCUGCGGGCCCGAGCAUCCGCGCGGAGCGGCGUUUUGGCCGCCUCUUCGGGCGCGCCGUCGCCGCCCUCAACCGCCGUACCGGCCACCGCGCCGGCUCGUGGGCUCCGGCAAGCCUCAGACUCGCCAACACCGCACCAGAAAUCGCUCGCCCGGAUCACGUCGUCGUCGACUCUUCUUCGGACGAGGAGGGGUCGUCGGUGCUACGCCGGUGA